AUGGCCUCCGAACCCCCAGAAGCGCUGAAGAACAUCAAAGCCCUCACCUUCGACGUCUUCGGCACCGUCGUCGACUGGCGCUCCACCGUGCACGACGAGCUCGUCAGCCGCGCGCAGUCGAAGCUCGACAGCGACUCACCUCACUCCAACACGCUGCCCAGCACUCUACAGAGCCGUCUCCGCGGCCUCACGGACGACGACUGGGCGCAGUUCGCGCAGGAGUGGCGCGACAGCUACAUGCACUUCACGCGGUCCUUCGUGCCGGGCGAGACGGCCUGGAAGGACAUCGACACGCACCACCACGACAGCCUGCAGGUGCUCCUGCAGAAGUCUUACCUGAAUGGCCUCUACUCGCCCGCCGAGGUGCGCGAGCUAAGUCUUAUCUGGCAUCGGCUGCGGCCUUGGGACGACGCGGCGGCGGGGAUCCGCGCGCUCGGCACGCGGGGGCUCGUGACGGCGACGCUGUCGAACGGCAACCAGGCGCUGCUGCGGGACCUGAACGCGCAGGGCGGCGGGCUGGGGUUUAAGAAAAUUGUGUCGACGGCCGACUUUGGCGCCUACAAGCCGCACCCGAGCACGUACCUCGGCGCGGCUGCGGCGCUCGAGUGUCGGCCCGACGAGGUCGCCAUGGUGGCCGCGCACCUGGGGGACCUGCAGGCCGCGAGGUCCUGCGGGCUUCGGACUAUUUACGUGGAGAGGCCGCGCGAGGAGGCGUGGGCGCAGGAUGCGGCUCGGUACCGCGAGGCGCGCGGUUGGGUUGACAUCUGGGUUGGGCAGGGCGAGGGCGGGUUUCAAGAGGUGGCCAGGCGCUUGGGCAUCAGCCCUGAUGAGUGA